CAUGAAUUUCUAUCCGGGACUGCUACUUUUCAUAAUCCAUCGUGGAUAAUUACACGAUCUGGCAAGCUGUUAUACACAAUCGCAAGAAAUCAAAAAAAGGCUGUGGAGCAGAGCUUGGGUGGUGUCAACAUGAUGCCACUAUAUCUGCGUUGCUGGGAUUCCUUGGGAAUACUGAAGAAAGCGCUCGCUCCACAGGGCCGACCGGACUUCACUGCAGCAGUUGCUUUCGAAGUGUGGAGAAUGAUCAGGGUUGCAAUAAGAUCUACUAUCGUCCUGGAGCCACACGAUGUGUUCAAUGAGCUAAUGAUUAGUCGCUUGAGCUGUACAGGCGCGGAAAGUUGUCCUAUGGACGCAGUCUCCAAAGCUUCAGAAGAGUUCGGAAGUGAUGAACCACAACGUCUUUGCGAGUCCAAGUUGAAAUAG